UAUUUUGGUCACACUGGUCAAAGGUGUUGACAGAGAGUUGUGCUACUGUAUACUGUGCUUGUAUUCGUCUUUUAUUGAAGGACCAGUCACGAUCAAUUGAAAAGAAAGGAAGAUUCGCAUAUUCGGUAGUCAUCAGUGGCUUACUUUGGGUUAAGAGAUCAGGUCAUGCAAACAAAAUUGUAUAAAUUCGCGUUUAGGAAACACAACAGUUGCAAUGGUUGAGUAAUUCGUCAACGUAAUUGAUUAAAAUUUAAGGAUCUAAUGAUUAUGGCAUCCUCGGAUAAAACAAAGAUGCCCGCCAAGGUUGCUAAGGAAAGUGAAAAUUGUGAUGAUAGCAUCAAAGGUUAUGUAGAGCCUAGAUUCGAGUGUCCCAUUUGUUUAACAUGGCUACGUGAUCCAGUACUAACAUCCUGUGGUCAUAAGUUCUGUUCACAAUGCAUUUAUUCUUGGCUUGAGAAAGAAGGUGCUUGCUGUCCAGUUGAUAGUCAACCUUUGAAGUCUGAGAAUCUUUUUCCAGAUCUUUAUACCACUAGAGAAAUAUCUCAAAAACGUACAAGUUGUAUUUAUCAGCAAUUUGGUUGUCAAGUAAAAUUAUCUCCUGUGGAUAUGGAAACGCAUAUCACUCAAUGCCCUAAUAAACGAGACCUUCAAGUACAAAAUAAUAAUAGUGCAAUAUCUGUGGAAUCAAAAUUAUGGGAUCCACCUUUAAAGAAUGAGACACAAGUUACAAAUAAAGAAGAGCCUUCUUCUGAUUGGCAACAAUUGCUCAAGAAUCUAUAUGAAAGGAUAGUAAUUUUGGAACAAGAAAAUCGCGAGCUCUCUAUAACAGUGUCAAAUCAGAAAAAUCAGCUUGCAGCUAUGAGUCUACGAAAUUGUAAUGGAGUUUAUAUAUGGAGAUUAAAAUCUUUUCGAGAAAAACUCGAGGUUAUGACCAAUGAGCCUCGAAAAACGUUUUAUUAUAGUCCAGGUUUUUAUACAAGUCCAAAUGGGUACAAGAUCUGUGCGAGGUUUAAUAUUUCACAUGAAUACCCUGAUCAUUUUGCUUUAGUUUUACAUAUUAUGAAAUCAGAAAAUGAUGAUGCUUUAGAGUGGCCAUUUAAUGGCACAAUGUAUUUUAUGUUAGUACAUCCACGAGAUUCAGAGAAAAAUAUCUGCGAAAUAACAUCAUCAGAACCAAAGAAAGAGGCGUUUCAAAAGCCUACAUGUGAAUUAAAUAAACGUGGCUAUGGUUAUCAAGAUUUCAUACUUAUACGUGAUAUAACCGAAUAUCUACAGCAUGAUACUCUAAUUUUUAGAAUUGAAGUUUAUCCAAUGUGUUUAAGAUAUAUAAAAUCCUAGUGUAAAUCAUCUAUUUAUAUAUUAUUUAUAUUCAAAUAUUUAAUAUUUUUUAUAAAAAUCAUUGAAAUAAUGUCAAGUAAUAACUAAUAAAUUUUAAUUCUGUUAAAAUACUAGUUUAUAAUAACGAAUAAACUUAAUAAACAAUUGUAAAAGUCCUGAAUACUCGCCACGUCCAUAUUGGAAUCGUGACGUCAUAAGCGAAAAACGACACGUAAAAUUUGCUUUUCCUGCAAAUAAAGAGAUGUUGCAAUGAAAUAACAUUUCAGAUGGCUUUAAGACUUACACUUUACACUUGUAAAAACUGAAUGCUACAACCUUUUUCCCUCCUGACAGUCAAUAAAUAGUUGUAAAAGGUA